AUGGCAAAUCCCUUUUUAAUGGACGAUGAUUUGGGGGGUAUGGGAGAUGACCCCACCGUCAAUCCAUUCCUCGUACAAUCGGGCGCCACGGAUAGCGGCACGGACAAUGACAACCCCUUUGGCUCCGAAGCAGCCGUAAAUCCAUUUGCCUUUGGUGACGAUGGUGAUGCCGAAGCCGAUGCCCAAGUGGCCGAUAUUGAUCCGGCAAUGAGCUUCUUUGGCACCACCAUUGAAGCUGAAGAUGAUGUGCUGAGCAUUAAAUCCACAGCCGAUGAAGAGGAGGACGCCAAACCAAAGGGUCCUCCCCCCAGACCGGUACCACCCCAAACCCAAGAACUCAUCACCACUGUGUCACAUCAAAUGGAGGAGGCCAGCUCCGAACUGUUGGGUCGCAUACCGGCUACACGCUCACCCAGUCCUGUAUCAAUGCGGGACUUGCACUCGCCUAGCCCCACACCAGACAGUGGCUUAGCCGACCUCCUUGAUUGUUCGGACAGUGGUUCAUCGGCCAAUACGCAGGGCUUCGAUGCGGACCUGAUUGGUUCGGGACAAAAUCCAGGCCUUGUCGAUAAUCCCUUUGGCAUACCCACGGGUAUUGGAAAUCUGCAAGGCGUUGCUCCGCAAGCCUCACCUGCCAAACAACAACCUCCCAGACCUCCACCACCCAGACCUGCUCCGCCGCGACCAGCACCACCAAGUGUGCCAGGUCAGCAUGGCCAACCAGGUCCACCACCCAGGCCAACACCUCCAGCAGUAUUAGCUCAAAACGAUAAAGCCCCCAAAUCGGAACCAGAUGAUCUCUUCAUGUUUGAUGCCGGUCCGCCUGCCAAACCCCCAGCUCCCAAGACCAAGGAAGACAUACUUAGUCUCUUUGACAAACCAGCAGCACAGCCAGCAGCCAAACCAGACCUGCUAAGCGACGAUUUGGUGUUAGAUCCCACAGCAGCCGAACCUGAGGCGGCAACCAAAGAACCAAGUUAUGAAGGCGUUGAAGAUCCCAUCUUCAAUUCGGUCUUAACACGGCCCGACGAAAGUACUCACAACAUAACUUCAGAGCCCCAAUCGGCUCAACCACUGCAUGGAGCAAAUAAUCGCAUUGCUCCGCAGGAACUAAGCAAUAAGCAAAGGGCUCCCACGCCCGACAUAGAAAUAACCACAGUAGAAGAUUUACCCCGCUCAGAUGAUGAAGAGGAAGAACCAGAACCUCCAAAACCAGAAGCAACAAAAACAGCAGAACCUGAAGCCGAACCUGAACCGGCGGCGGAAACACAACCCAAGGUUGAACCAUUGCGUGAUGUCCCCGCUUUGGUCAUUGAAACUGAACCAACGCCACCUGCCGAGGAUGAAGAUGACGACAAAUCCAUAGUACCUAAAAGUGGUGAUUCCGAUCAAAGUCCUCCCACUGAAUCCGCUUCCCAUGUGGGGGCCGAUUCGCCAGUGGAGGGUGGCAUGUCAGACAUUGCAGCCAGUGAAAUAACUGGCCAUGAGAAUAUGAUCGAAGACAUGGACACCGGCUUGGAUUUUGCACCACCCAGUGGCACAGCAUCGGCCAAUCCAUUUGCCAGUCCCGAUGCGGAGGAGGAAACAUUCCCUCCUGCCGGCAUGGUAACAAAUAUAUUUGCUGCCGAUGACGCGGGCGCUGAGAAUAUCUUCACAACCAUGGCAGACACGGUUACCACAUCAGCCGGCGAGAAUAUUUUCACCUCAAUGGCCGAUACGGCCACCGUUAGUGUAGCUGAAAAUAUAUUUACCUCAAUGACUGAUACAGCCCCCGUAGCGGAGAAUAUUUUCACCUCAAUGGCUGAUACAACGGCUGCCGAAAAUAUAUUUGCUGCUGACGAUAGCGUGGCGUACACAACAGCUGAAAAUAUAUUCACCACAAUGGCAGAUACAAUGACCACAACAGUUGCUGAGAAUAUUUUCACUUCAAUGGCCGAUACAGCUGCGGUGCCAACAGCUGCCAUCAAUAUAUUCUCUGCCGAUCCAGAACCUGAGGUGGAUACAGCUCAGUCGGCCUAUGGCACGAAUAUCUUUGCCGAACCCGAUGAAUUCGAUGCAUUUGCUGCCAAAUUUGAAUCGGUCAAAAAGGAUAAUAUUAGUAUUUUAGAUGGUUUCGGUGGUGGCAGUGUAGGCGGUGGAGGUUCGGGAGCUGUUACACCUACUGUCGAUGCAUGGGGAGAUAGUGCUUUUGGUACACCCAAAUCGGGUGUCGAUGCCUUUGGUGAUUCGGCUGAUGGUUUCGGCAAUGAUGAUGACGAGUUCUAUGCCAUGAAAGCUCCGGUACGCUCAGAGUCUGUGGAAUCAGUUGAAAAAGAUUUCAAUGUCGUCAUCAGACCUAAAACCGAGGGUGCCAGUGCUGUGGCGCCACAAUUGGCACCACCACCUCCGACACGUGCCGCACCAGCCGGCCAAUAUGAUGACACCUCGCCGGCAGCAGUAAAUCCCUUCGAAGAUAGUGGCUUCCCAGCACCAGGUGUAACAGAUCCAUCCCUCAAACGCACAGAUUCCCAGGAUACACCACAGACACCCCUGUUCGACGAGGAUGUUUCACAGCCACUGGAAGAUUUCCCUCGCCUGCAUUAUGUUGGACCCGGUUGGGAAAUGCAAUUGCGUCAGCCGAAUAAGAAAAAGAUAACGGGUCAGAGGUUCUGGAAGAAAAUCUUUGUGCGUUUGGUCAUACAAAAUGAUAUACCCGUUGUUCAGCUGCUCAAUACGGCCAAUGAUAAGCAACCAUUCCAAGAGUUGCCGCUACAGCCCUCGUAUUCGGUGUCGGAAAUUGGCGCCCAACAGUACGAUCAGUUUGGUAAAAUAUUUACCAUGAAAUUGCAGUAUAUCUUCUAUAAGGAACGACCUGGAGUACGGCCAGGUCAGGUGACCAAAGCGGAACGCAUUACCAAUAAACUAACGAAAUUUGCACAAUAUGCCAUUGCGGGUGACUAUGAGGGUGUCAAGGAGUUUGGCAGCGAUUUGAAGAAAUUGGGUCUGCCCGUUGAACAUGCCCCGCAAUCAUCACAGCUCUUUAAGGUCGGUUCCAUGAACUACGAAGAUAUGAAACAAUUUUCCAUAUGUAUUGAGGAGGCCUUAUUCCGCUUGCCCGCCCUCCGAGAACGGGCCUUGACCUACAAAAUGGAGGAGGUACAAGUGACGGCCGUCGAUGAAAUUGUUGUGGAACAGGAUAUUGAGGGCAAGAUUUUGAAACAAAUUGCCCGGGUUAGGGUAUUCUUUUUGGCGUUCCUAACAGGCAUGCCCAUGAUUGAGUUGGGUGUCAAUGACAUGUGGCGCCAGGGUAAAGAAGUGGUGGGCCGCCAUGACAUUAUACCCGUGGCCACCGAGGAGUGGAUACGACUGGAGGCCGUAGAAUUCCAUAGUGUCGUGGAUCAGGAAGAAUAUGAAAAGUCCAGACUUAUAAGAUUCCAACCCCCUGAUGCAAAUUAUAUUGAAUUGCUGCGCUUCCGUGUAAGACCGCCUAAAAAUCGUGAACUUCCGCUACAGCUUAAGGCCCAAUGGAUUGUGACCGGCAACAAGGUGGAGUUGCGUGCCGAUAUUCUGGUGCCUGGUUUCACAUCGCGUAAAUUGGGUCAAAUACCCUGUGAAGAUGUUUCGGUUCGGUUUCCCAUACCCGAAUGUUGGAUAUAUUUGUUCCGGGUAGAAAAACAUUUCAGUAUUUCAACAUCAUCAUGGCCAAAUAUGAAUCAAAGAUAUGGUUCUGUCAAAUCGGCACACAGACGUACCGGUAAAAUUAAGGGUAUUGAACGAAUAUUGGGUGCUGUAGAUACACUGCAGGAGUCACUUAUCGAAGUGACUUCGGGCCAGGCAAAAUAUGAACAUCAUCACAGAGCCAUUGUUUGGCGUUGUCCACGUUUGCCAAAGGAGGGUCAAGGUGCCUAUACAACCCAUCAAUUGGUUUGUCGCAUGGCUCUGACGUCAUACGAUCAAAUCCCAAGUGAAUUGGCGCCAUAUGCAUUCGUCGAAUUUACAAUGCCAGCAACGCAGGUCUCGCAUACCACAAUACGUUCGGUGAGCGUGCAAGAUUCGGAAUCGGAUGAACCGCCAGAGAAAUAUGUCAGAUAUUUGGCAAGACAUGAAUAUAAAGUGGGCAUUGAAACAACCCAUGGAGAGUCGACAAAUGCCUAUUUGGCAGCCACAAGGCCAAUACGCGAGGAACCAGCAGAAAAGCCAGCAGCAUCACCAGUACCGCCACCAAGUGACUCAGAUUCGGAUUCAAAUUAGAUUUAAGCAAAAAAAAACAAAAUGUUAAUUUGAAAACAAAAAAUCAUAGACAAGUUUAGUGGAACACAGUGAGAACAAAAAAAGAAACAACACAUACAGUAUUUUGUUGCUUAAAAAAGUUAUUUAAAUAUUAGGAAAAUAAAAAUGGAAAAAUGGAUGGAAUGCUUUUUAGGUCCUGCUGAAAAUCAUUGGUCUCGAGAUUUAAAUAUGGGCAACAAAUUUGAUCUAACCUGCAUUUCCAUCCGCCAAAAAAUUAAUUAAAACUCUCAAAAUACACUGAUAUUUAUAUACAUACCAUACAUACAUAUAUACUCAUACUCAAGAAAAAAAAACCAAAAAUAAUAAUAAUCAGAUAACAAAUCAUUAUUUAAAUACCAAAUAAGUACUGGAAGGAAGGAAAUGGAAAAAUAUAUAUACAACUGCUAUAACGAUCUUUAUAAAUUAAGCUUAAAUAUUAUUACAAAAAAUACAACAAAACCAACAACAACAACAACAACAGUAAACAAACUAAAGUUCCAAGAAGAAAAUAAUUUAAAAAUAAUUGUUAAAUGUUUAAAAGUAAAUAAAUUAUUAUGAAUAAAUAAAAGAAAUAAAUAUAAAUAACCCAUUAAACUAAAAAAACACACUUUCUCCUGACUACAAAUGAAAAGCAAAUACAUAUAUACAAACAAAAAAUAUAUACAUAUAAUCACUCGAAAGAAAAACAUUAAAAUGACAUAUAGGAAAUCAUAUAUAGAAACAUAACUUUUUAAUUUUCAUGUUUCCAUUAAAAAAAAUCGUACAUACAUAUAUAUUUUAUUUUUAGUGAAAAGAGAAACUUGUUCCGAAUCCUCUUAGAUAAUAUAUAAAAACAAAUAUAUAAAUAUAUUUAAACAUAUAUACAUACAUUAAGGUAAACAUACACAUACUUACUUAGUUGACAAUAACAUUAUUUAGAGAUUUAUGUAUGUCCCAUUUGGCAACAUGACAAAGACGACAUGACAUACAUUUUGAACUUUACUGUUACAACGUUACGUAUACAUACAUACAUACAUCCUUACAUAACCAAAACACAUCAAAUGCAAUGAUAUUAUCGAAAUUAAAGGCAUACAUAUAUAUUAUGAACAAAGUAUAUUUCAGACGUUUUGUUUUGAAUUUUAAAAAUUUUUUGGAAUUUUUGGGCUUUUAAAAUAAGGCAGCCUUGGAAUGAAUAAAAAUGGGAAGGUUUGUCCCUUUGGGUUAUAUGAAAAUAAUAUGUACGUAUUAAGCGGAAAUUGAGUUGAAAAAGGUCUAGUAAGUUAAGUUUGGCUGGGCCGAACUUUCUAUAAGCUCCACCAUGAGAAACAUAGAAUUGCUGGAAAAUAUGUUGUUUAAAAAGCCAAAAGUUUGGGGGCUGGAUUAUUCACGAAAAAUGCUGAAGUGGAGUGCAUCUCUUACUGUAAUUUGGUCCUUUAAAAUGCCCAUAAUUCGGGACUACAAUUAUCUAUUGAAUAUUCCAAAUUAUUAACAUACAUAGAAAGAUGUAUACUAAAUAAAAUUUACAAAUAAAAAAUUACAACCACGACGGCUGAAAAUGUGACCACGGCGUCAAUUCUUGUUCUAUGAAAAUAUGAAAAGGAAAGAAAUAUCAAGGAAAAUAUAAGUUAUAAAUGAAAAAACAUAAUCCAGCCCGAGGAUUUGGAAAAUAUUUAAAAUUGGUCGGAGCCAAAAGUGAAUCGAUAUUAAAAUUGUUCGAAAAAUAAUUAUUCGUCUAGUUAGGACUUAAAACGCGGAAGUGGCAGGAAGGAAAAGAAUAAUACAGGGUGAGAUAAAAUAACUGCAACAAAGUCAAAAGUCAGUUUGUAACCAUUCUUGGUGCGUGGCGCGUGCUGAUUGGGAUGGUGCUGAGUCCUGUUGGAAUGUCCAAGCCAUUUGUGGGUUUCCAGCCAAAUAUAAAGAAAUCACGCUUUUUCUGGAAAGUUUUUGCUUUUAUACGCUUGUAGACAAUAUAAUGAGCUGUCACUGGAAUAAUUUUAACAGCUGUCGGACGCGUGGCUUAGAAAUGACAACAGUCUGAAGUCGGUUGCAAUUUUUUCAUCUAACCCUGUAUUUUCUUGAUCAGCAUAAAAUUAUAUGUCGAUUUGGCCAUGUCCAUCCGUGUGUCUGUCUGUUCGUCUGGAGAAAUAACUCUUGCUUUUGGACGAAAUUAAGAAGAUUGAUAAAAUUUUACUCAAAUGUAUUUUACGUGCAAAGAAGUGUUGCUAAUGAAAUUGGUCUUUAUAGGUUCAUAUUUUGGUAUAGUCUCCGGAUAUAACAAUACCGCCAGAUAUACAAUCAGCGGGCAGAAACAUGACAUGAUCCAAACUUGGUACAUGGUAAUUCUGAGAUGGACAAUAUUGUUCCACUCCUUUCGAUACCUCCCACACAAUAGGUCGAAAAUUUCACAGAAAAUAUUGUACCUUGUAAAACAAAAAGGGAUUUUCCAAUUUUGUGUAAACCGUGACCUCUGGGUCAGGUGUAUUAGUACCUCCAUCAAAUACCUUCCACAAAAAGGUCAAAAUUUUUGCAUAAUUAAAAAUUUAAAAAAGUAAAAUAAAAGUCCGAUUCACCUUAAAUCUCAUGUACCUCAAUUUUUUUUAACAACACAAGAUCGGGACCACAACGUUUAGAAUAAUUAAAACUCUUAUAAAAUGUGAGUGACUAGUCUGCCUGUCUUUAAAUUUCGCAUAUCUCAAUUUUCUACCAACUAUAGGUCUACAAUGAAGAUGAAAUAAGUCAGAUUACUCCUGGGUCAAAAUUGUUAAUAACGUUGGUAGCCUCCUUCUAACAAAGGUUCAACAUUUUGAAUAAUUAUAAAGAAAGUCAAAAUAUAUUUCAAUAAAUUACAUUGGGAUCUCUCGUUUUCAGUUUCUGGCAGAAAACCACUUGGUACUAACAAAGUCAGCGAAUCAAAGAAAUAUGUGGUUGCAGAGAUAGAAAGAGAGGGGGCGGGGUUGAGAAAGAGAAACGUUCUUGUCUUUGAAAUAAGAUAGUGUGAUCACCUAUAUCCCUGAGUUCGAUUAAUCGUAAAAAUCGACUCUUCGUAAAAAUUGACUUUCGAUUCUGCGACUGGGGGUUUGUAGCUCAUUUUUCUACCAAGUGUGUAAAAACACAAAUCAAAAUUGAUUUUGGAUUAGAAAAUUUAAAUCAAAAACGAUUUCAAGCCUAAAGAUCGGAAGUCCACUUACUGUUGAAACAAAAAUCAUAAGGUAUAUGAUACGAAACUCGACUUUUGUUUUUGUCUAAAUACAUAAAGCAUUUUUAUAUCCUACAACACUAUGUGUUGGGGGUAUUAUAAGUUUGAUUGAGCCAAAAAUUAUGUAACACCUCGAAAUAUUGGUUUCCCAUAUAUGAAAGUAUAUAUGGAUCUUCCAAUUUUGGUGGUCAUCGGGUAAAAUUUUUCCAUUAAACCGAAAAUAUUUUUAAUCCCGGCGAAAUGACAAAUAAACGAACGGGUCUAUUCUGACCGUUACGUCGAUGCCGAUAGUAAAUAUAUCGGAUAUAUGUAGCGAAAUAUAUACAAUGUGUAUAUACAAAGGAAGGGGAUGUUAGCUAGAAUGUUUGUAUCUCAAGAAUGUCUGGACCGAUUUUGACAAAUCAAUUCAGAAGGCCCUCUUGGCAUAAAAUUAUAAAAUCUAAAAAAAAAAUCGCAUAAAAAGAUGCCCAUAAUGAUAUUAAUAUAGAAUUUGUAGUAUUUUGAGCCAUUUUUUAAUUUUUUCAUACUUUUUAUCACAUGUGCCAGUCAAAACAACGUUUUAUGUUUUCUCACCUUAAGUCAGUCAAAAAGCGUAUAACAUCGGCGGUUGUAGUUAAAACUCGUCAAUGUCCGUCUGAUUUCAAGAUAUUUCGCUUUUAUGUAUUUUUCUUCUAGAAUUUUUCCAGUUUUCCAACAAAAGAUAAUAACAAGCAACACAGUCGGUCGAACUCAGAUUUUAUAAAUUUAAUGAGAUUUAAAUUUAAUGACUUGACAAUAGCUUUGGCUAUGUUAGAACCGCUUCUUCCUUUGUUGUAUUAAAAACUAGUGCAGUUUGGGUAAUGUUGACAGUUUGUGGAGAAAGCUCUAACAGUUUGUGGAGAAAGCUCAUGUAACUCUAUGUUGAACAUAGUUUAGAACGAUUACACAUUUCAAAACUCUUAUUACUAUAUGAUUACUGUAUUUGAGCUCUGAAAUGAAUAUGGCGAAAAACUAGCCCAGAUCCACGAAAUGAACAAAUGCCCACAAAAAUAUGACCAUUGUGUGUUUGCGAUGAAUAAAAUUGUAUUUUAAAUAUUUUCCUUUGUUUCAUAAAUAAUACAUACAUACAUGGAAAUAAAAACCACAUCAUACCAACCAUCAUGUGAGAGAUAUUCCUUAAUGUAGAUUAUUUGAUGUAAUUAUGAUAAUCAUUGACAUAACUUUAUAACAAAAAGAAAUUGGCAACUUGGAUAUGUAAAAAAGCAAUUUAAAUCUCGUCACUAAAUUAAAUAUUAGUCAUUGAAAAUAUCACCAAAGAACCUGCCUUUUCUUCAUAAAAUCCUAAUAACUCAAAAACAAAAAUCUGACUUGGAGGUUAGUUUUAAAAAAAAUUAAUUGACAUUCGGAGCCUGUUUUCGCAAUGAAAACUCCAAGUAAUGAUAUUAACAACACUCUUAAGAAAUUCAAACCUAAAUACUUUCAGAUCGUCUCAUCUACUUCUAACUCAAUUCCCAACAACUCUGUCCUCUCUUUUUUAAAACUCCCACAAAAUUAAAUAUCAGUAUUUAAAAUAAAACAAUUUGAACAAAUAUUUGAUGUGAAUGUAUUUUUGAUUGAAUUUAGAAUAAAAGCAACAAGAAGCAAAUGAAAAAAAAAUACUCAAUUAAAGCAAAAAUAAAACUACUUUGUUAAAAACCCAUGAAUGAAAAAUAAUACCAAUAUUAGAACAAUGAUAUUAAAAAUUAUGUCUUAUUUUAAAUGUUAUAUAUUGUAAAACGAAUUUAAGUAUAACGUUAAAUAUUAAUUCCUAAAAUCAUAAAUAAAAAAUCCAAAACUUCAUGGAACCACUAAUAAAAAUAAUCUCAAAAAAAUCACCAAAAUAAACAUUUCCAUAGAUUCAAAUUCCAUAACUACUAUAUACCCACAAAACACUCUAAAUAGAAUUCAAAUGAAACAGCUAUAAAA